AUGGCUGUUCCCGCUGCAAGCAGAGAAAGGUCAAGCUUUCCCUCAGAUUCUGCUUCACCAAAUGACCAGGUCAAUCCGAACCCGAGAUCCUUCACGUCAGAAGUCAAGGGGCCUGAUAAUGGCAUUUCUAUUGCUCCGAAAGCCGAGCAGCCGUCUAGUUGGACGCAGGACCUGGGCCUAAUGAGCCACUACUCCUCCAUCACCUCUGCUACCCUCCCUGGCGCCAAUCUCCACGUCUGGCAGAUUGAGAUUCCCAGUGUGGCGAUCGGCUACCCGUUCCUCAUGCAUCAGAUUCUUGCCGUCUCGGCGUUCCACCUCGCAGGUUUGAACCCAUCUCAAGGCCAAGCACAUUUAUCCAGAGCGUUUCAGCAUCAGCAUCAUGCAAUAUCCGGCAUCAGAGCAGAGGUCUCUGCUGUUACUGCAAAGAACUGCCAUGCUCUCUUCGCCGCCUCGUCUCUACUGUUUAUUGGCGCUUUCGCUGCGUGUUCUCCGGCGAGGGGUAGAAGCCUACGACAAGAAGUGGACGACAUGCUGAGUGUUUUUACUCAUGUUCGAGGUGUCAGAAGCAUCCUGAAUUCCUUCAAUGGGGCCAUUCGGGAUGGAAUAUUGGGGGACUUUAUGGAAUGCAAUUCACAUACGGGAGGGACAGGUCUACUCACAUCACUUCUACAAAGGCUUCCUCGCAUCAAAGAAGACUUUGACACAAACGACACGGAUCCUGUGGUCAAAGCUAUGGCAGAGGAAGCAAUUUUUGCGUUGGGAGAGAGUGUCGGGAGGUCUUCGGCCGCGACUCCUGAGCUGAAUGUCGCCAUCAUCUGGCCCAUGACCCUCAAGGACGGGUUCCUGGAUCUGAUCCGCGCCCGCCACCCAGCUGCUUUAGUGGUGGUCGCGCAUUACUGCACGGUACUCGAUGCUGUGGGCUCCAAGUUUUGGUUUCUGGAAAAUUGGGGGAGUCGCCUGCUCACCGCCAUCGUAGAGGCUCUUGAGCCUUGUUGGCACGAGUCAGUCAGAUGGCCGAUGGACUGCGUCAAACAUGGCGCAGCUUCCGUUCAGCCCUGGGAUUGUCGAUUCAAUACUUGGCCGAGAGAUGAAAGGACGCAGGAAACGUAA